UAAACUUAUCACCUUUCAAAAUGUAUGAAAUGUACCUGAAAAAUAAACUUAUCCCUUUUAUUUUUUUUUUACUGAAAACAAUUAAUUAAUUAAUUGAAUAAUUAAAAAAAAUAUAGAAAAUUUUUUUAAAUAUUUUUAUUAAAAUCAUUAAUUAAUAUAAUCAAUAAUGACAACUGAAGAAAAUUCAAUCAAUAAACCAAAUUCAUUAUUAAAUAUUCAUUAUUCUCAUGAUAACAUAUCACAAAAAUCAAUUUCUGAUAAUGAAACAAUUUUAUUGGAUUGUAAUAAUAUCAAUCAUGAUCAAAAAUUAUCCCCCUCAUAUAAAAUCAAUAAAAUGGAUCAAUGUAAAUUACCAUCAAAACAAUAUUUUAAUAUUCAUUCUAAUUAUGGUAUGUCAUUAUCUAAAUUAGAUAAAAUAACUAGAUCAUCUAUGACAAAAUUAAAUAAAUUAUAUUAUAAUACACAAAAUAAUAUACAAAAAUCAUCAUCAAAUGAUAAUGCAUCACGUCGUUGGAAAAAAGUACAAUGUACAAUGAAAGUUGUUCUAAGUUCAAUGGAUCAUGUAAAACUUAAACGUAAAUUACAUAAUCAUAAUCAUAAUAAUAAUGAAUUAUCUAGAAGAGAUUCAUUUAUGUAUCGUUUUUCAACACAAAGACGUGGAACAUAUAAUAAUGAUGAUUAUUUUAUAGAUACAAAUUAUGAUCAUUCAUUUAUUGAUCAAUUAUAUUCACAACAAAAAUUAGAUAAUUAUAGCUGUAUACCAGAAAUCGAUAAUAAUAAUAAUAAUAAUCUUGAUCAUGAUAAUCAUAUUAAUAAUGAAAGAAAAUCAUUAUAUCAUAAAGUUGAUUUAAAUGAACAAAUAACUAACAAUACUACUAAUACUAAUACUACUACUACUACUACUACUACUAAUAAUAAUAAUAAUAAUAAUAAUAAUAAUGCGGAAAGCUUAGCACCAACAAUUAUUCCAGAAAAAGAAUUACUUUUAGAAAAUCCAAUAAAUUCCAUCACACAAAAUGAAAUGUUAUACUUAGAUACACCAACUUUAUCAAAUAAUAAUAAUAAUAAUAAAGACUAUUCUGAUAAAAGAAAAUUAAGUAAUGAAACAAAUAAAAGUAAUAAAUCAUUUGAAUUAAAUAAUGAAUUAGAAAAAAAUUUAAAAAAUUUAAAAAAUAAAAAAUCUCAAUUAUUAAUUAUAUUUUAUCCAAAUAGUACUGGUUAUUUAAUAUGGUUAACAAUAGUAUCUAUGGCAUUAUUAUAUAAUUUAUGGACACCAAUAGCACGUCAAGCAUUUGAUGAAUUACAAUUAAAAUAUCAAACAAUAUGGUUAUCAUUUGAUAUUUUAACAGAUAUAAUCUAUUUAAUUGAUAUAUUUAUACAAUGUAAUACAAGUUAUUUAAAAUGUGGAUUAAAAGUUAAAGAACAUCAAAAACUAUUAAUACGUUAUAUGAAAUCCUAUAAAUUCCUCUUAGAUAUUACAUCAUUACUCCCCUUGGAUUUAUUACAAUUUAAAAUUGGUAUACAACCAAUGUUACGUUUUCCAAGAUUUUUUAAAUGGUAUAGAUAUUAUGAAUGGAAAUUACGUGUUGAAAAUAGAACUAUAUUUCCUAAUAUAUGGAGAGUAUUAAAUUUAAUUCAUAUAUUAUUUUUAGGUUGUCAUUGGUUUGCUGCAUUUUAUUAUUUAAUAUCAAAAUAUGAAGGAUUUAAAAAUCCAUGGGGUUAUCAACCAUAUAAUGAUGCAGAACAAGUUACUAUGUCUAGAAGAUAUUUAAAAUCAUUUUAUUGGGCUACAUUAACAUUAACUACAAUUGGUGAUUUAAGUUCACCUUCUAGUAGUAUAGAGCUCACAUUUACAAUCGUGUCUUACCUCAUUGGUGUAUUCAUUUUUGCAACAAUCGUCGGUCAAGUAGGAAAUAUUAUCACCACAAGGAAUGCUCAUCGUACUGAAUUCGAAAAAAUACUAGAUAAUGCCAAAAGUUAUAUGCGUGAAAAUUCAGUGAAUAAGGAUCUGCAGAAUCGAAUUCUUCGCUGGUAUGAUUAUGCUUGGUCAAAAGGAAGUGGACGUGGUGGUCAAGAUAUUAAUUCAUUGGGAAUGUUACCGGAUAAAUUAAAAACAGAACUUGCACUUAAUGUAAAUUUGGAAACAUUGAAAAAGGUGACAAUAUUUCAUGAAUGUAGACCAGAAUUUUUACAUGAUAUUGUUUUAAAAAUGCGUCCAUUAGUUUUAACCCCUGGUGAUUUAAUUUGUCGUAAAGGUGAAAUAGCACGUGAAAUAUUUAUUAUUGCCGAUGGUGUACUUGAAGUACUCAGUGAAGAAAAUGAAGUUCUUUCUACAAUGGGUCCAGGUGAUUUUUUUGGUGAAAUUGGAGUAUUAAAUUUAGAUGGGAUAAAUAGACGAACUGCUGAUGUACGUGCUGUUGGAUAUGCUGAAUUAUUUGUUCUAGCACGUGAUGAUAUAUUAAAAGCAUUGAAAGAUCAUCCAGAAGCUGAGUUUGUUAUCCGAAAACAUGCAGCUAAACGUUUAUAUGAAUCACGUCAUCGACGAUCAGGUAUUUUACAAGGAAAAAAAUCACCAUCUUGUAGUUCUAAUUUUUCGAGUAAAUUCUCUCCGAUACUACAAACAAAUUCACAUUUAUUACCUUUAGGAAAUACAAUAGGAUGUUCAGCUAGUAGAGAAUUAUCACGAUUUUCUACAAGUCCAGUUUGUUUAGAUAAAGUUUCACCAUAUCGGCGGUUAACAAGCUAUAAUGUUCAAUCAAGUGAAAAAUAUAUGAACAAUUCUGAUAAACAAAAGAUUCUGUUCAAUAUGACUUUAUUCUUUGCUAAAUAUUUACGUUCGAAACAAAAGAAAAGUACAUUUGUUCUUGAUUGUUCAGUAUUACAUUCUGCUUGUUUUUUGUUAAUCUUAGUGUUUCACGUUGUUAUUGUGAGAAUACUUGAUAUAUUUAUUUGUAAUUUUUAUUGUUUACUUCUAUUGAAGAUACUUGAUAACAUUAAUGGAUACUGUGGAACAAUUUACAGAAAGAUGGGAUAAUAUUUUGACAUCAUUAGUUGAUAAUCAUCGUAAAGAAUUAUUACUAUUAAAAGAAAAUUUAAUACAAUAUACAACUAAUCAAAACUCUUUAUAAUUUGUAUAGAAUAAUUUUUUUUUAAAAAAUUAUUAUUGUCUUCCAUAUUUUAUUUUAUUUUAAAAAAAAUAAUAAAAUUAUGAUCAAAUUAAAAAUUGAGAAAAAAAGAAAACGAAAAACUUAUUUAUAAAAAAAACAAACAAUUUCAAUGUUUAUUCUACAAUUUUUUUAUUUUUCAUUAUAUUGAUUUUUAUUUAAAAAAAGCAAACAAACAAAAAAAGACAAUAUAUAUAUAUAUAUAGUUAUGUAAUCUGUAAAAAAUCUGAAUGUAUAUGAUAAUAAUAAAUGUAUAUUUCUAAUGUUAA